GUGUAAGGCACUUCCUCAAAAAUACAGUAAACACAUCUACGGAUUAUAUUCGGCUGCGACAUAUUGUGCACGGUGGCUUGUUUGAGUUUUGGAAAUUACGAGGCUUUCAGUUAAUACCACACGGUUUGCCCAUUAGAGCAGGUCGACAGGAGAGACACAAAGGAAGGAAUUGCAGGAAAAGCGUAGCGUGCCGCACGGUUGUUUGGUUGAGAGCGCUCAAAGUGAGCUCAGUGAAUGCCCAGGCUUCAUGUCGUUGAGUUGAGCACGCUUCUCUUCUGGUGACAAUACUGCAAACAGCGUUUGUCUUGAAGAAACCAUUCAUAUAUAGACAUGGUGAAGCAGACCAAGGCCAAAACUUUCCAGGCCUAUCUGGACUACUGUCACCGUCGCUACAGCUGCGUCCACUGCCGUGCACACCUGGCUAACCAUGAUGACCUCAUUUCAAAGUCAUUUCAAGGCAGUCAAGGACGUGCCUACCUGUUCAAUUCUGUGGUGAACGUGGGUUGUGGUCCAGCAGAGGAAAGGCUGCUGCUGACCGGUCUUCAUGCUGUGGCUGAUAUUUACUGUGAGAAUUGCCAUACCACACUGGGCUGGAAAUAUGAGCAGGCAUUUGAGUUAAGUCAGAAGUACAAGGAGGGGAAGUUUAUUAUCGAAUUAUCUCACAUGAUUAAGGAUAAUGGCUGGGACUGAAGCCUUUAGCCUUUGCUUUAACUUGCUGUCACCACUUGCAAUGGCAUGAGAUAUGCUUUCUUUUAUAUAUUUUGGGUUAUUUGAUUUGUGUACAGUGUGUGUUUUAUGUGUUUGGAAGUGUGUUGCUUGUGUGCAAGGCAGGUUUAGGAGAAACUGCUAAAAUUCGUAAUCAACCACUUAAAUUCAGUUUUAAAAAUGUCUUGAUUUUUGUUGGGAUUUUGACAUAAGCCCUCAAAUUCUCCCUAUUAAGUGCAAUUCAUAAGGUUUAAGCAAAGUGUGAUUAAAAUGCCAAGAUCCAAUGACUUUUAUUUAAUUAAUUUUUACUUUAAAGAACGAGGUCUUUAUGAACGAGGUAGUGUGAGUGAAAUUAUUUUACUAUAUGUGGUUUGUGUUUGUGAGUGUGUGUGUGUGUGGCUUAGAGAGGAUUAUGUGCAAUAUGUGUCUGUGAGAGUUUGCAUAAAGGAUGAUUCAUGCCUCCAAAUUCAUUCAUUUCGGUUGAAUUCAUCUUUUAAUUUACCAAGUCACUGAGGAAUCCCAACAAAUGAACAUCUGCUCAUAAGUGUGUUUGUGUGAGUGAGCUUCAGGCUUAUUGGCUGUAGAAUAGAGCUUGUCCACAGUUGACUGAUAUUCUUAAGACACUUCAGCUUAUAAAAUGUAAUUCAUCUUUGUUCAUCUUGUUUCAUGCAUUUUUGUCAAGGAGAAUGUUGUGAGUAUAAUCUAACAUUUGAGGAGCAUGUACAGAGACAUUGAUCUGAUCAUGCUAGAGCAGACAUGCCAUGUAAAUGCGUUUAUGAUUUUGUAGCAAACUAUUUCUUUGAAUGCUAAACCAUUAAUGUAUAUUAUAUUAACCUGAAUUCUUUACAUUAAAGUAUGGGGUAUAAAUGAAAA